CCUUGAUCAUGCGCACGCGUCUCACUCAAACGAACCUGACAGCCUAGACGAGGACAGACGAGUCACGACGACAACGCAACUUACAUGCACACAGAGCGCCUCGAAACCUCGAGAUCGAAACCCCGCGGACUCAUUUGGCCUCACCCCGCGACGGCGCGACUACACGCUUGUUUCCAUCGACAGAGAGAGGUGAACAACCACACAAUCGCCACCCGGCAACAAGGGACGACACCAGUCGAGCUGCCAUUUUGGAGGCCAAGAUGAUGGAAGAGGUCGACGACCUUGUCUUGACAUCCUUUCGGGACAUUGUCGACAAGGCCAGAACGGCGCUGCACAAUGCUGGCGAGGAGAACCCCGUCAUGCUCAAGGCCGCUCAGGCACUGCUCAAGGAGGGUGAGCGAGCCGUCAAGAGGAUCGAGCCGCAGUGUCGCAAACACCUCGACGACUACGGUUCGAGCUUCAUCGCCGCCCUCAAGGACAGCGAUGAGAUUGCCACGUUCCGAGGGCAGCUGACUGAUCUCCUGUGGGAGUUUGACGACUACGUCGAGCCGGACGACUUUGACGCCGACAAGUUCACCGAGCUGCAAAUGCUCUCGCGCAAAGCGGCGCCGCGAAUCUCCGAUGCCCUGUUGCGGAUGAAGAUUGAAGCGCCCACUAGCGACGCCGCCUCUUCGCGGGGGUCCAUUGCCCAGAUGCCGACACCGACAUCGCCACACGCCGCACUCAUGCCCGGGUUCACAAGCCAGCCCCAUCGGGGGUCCGCGGGGAGCUCCAUGGCUGACAGUAACGAUGCCAGCAGCCUGCUCCGAGGACUCAUGCGCUCACCCACGGGUCACGAUAGCAUCCACGAUGCGGCGCGGGAGCAGCCUCGGCCAACGUCAGCAACCCAUUUGGACUGGAACGUCAAGGCAGGGGACGAUGGUCGACGCCCCGUCGAACCACCGGUCGAAGGAAGAGCCGAGCUGAAUGAGUCGCCCGUCCUGCCAAAGUCGACUCUCCAAGAUGAUCCAAACGGCAGAUUCACAGUGGUGCCUCCCCCUCCUGUCAGCGCAACUGGAGGCGGGUUUCCGGCUCCGGAAAUUCACGAGAUGGAGGAUCGUCGUCCGAGCGGCAUGAGCCAGCAACCUGCGCCUAAUCACCAUCAGUACCAUCACUCACCGCACCCGCCUCGCCGGCAGCCGACGUUGCCCAACUUUGCAAUCCCAGAGCACAACGUGACCUCGGCACAGCCUGGCUCGAUCCCGUUCUUCCAACCCUCGCAGCCCUUUUCGCCCACGUCCCAGCACUCCCGACAACACUCGUUUCCACUAUCCGAGCAGUCAGACGAGUCCCUACGGCCCGACCUCAUCAGCCUUCCCUCCCAUGGUGACCCGCGCGCCCGCGGCAACUCCUUCAACUCCAGCAUCGGCGUCAGCCCCCUACAGCCACCGACACCAGCCAUCCCAGGAGCCCAACCUAUAGUGCAGCCCUCCGCUGAGAUGGUUGCCAUGAUGGGUAGCGCGCCCAUUCCCGUAGAGACAGAGCUGCCACCCAAACCGACGGCCGAAGGAUCGGGCGAGCUCAAGGGGGCCAAGAUUGACGAGGCGAGCUCAUUCCUCCUGGCCAAGGGCUUCUGCGAAGGCGCAAAGGAAGUCAUUCGCGGAGGCAUCGGUGUCAAGAGGACGAAGAAACCUGGCUUCGCGACCGCCGCCACGGUAGCGCGAUGUCUUGCCUGUCUGUAUGAGCUUGACUUUGCCGAGAUUGAGACCGACGUAAACGGGGAGGAGAAGGGCAAUUUCCAGCGCAACGGCAUCAACUUUCGCGUCCGCUUCCUCCAAAAGAGCCACAUCUCCACGAAACGUGUCGACGACGUGCAAUACGCGUGUAUGUUUUGUGUUCAGGCAGGGCGCACCAUCCACGACAGCGACGCCACCGUCUUCUUCAACCAGAAAGCUCUCUUUGAGCACCUCGCGCGCCACCCGCGGCCCCUGCCCGAAGUCCCCGGCGUGACGGUCAUUGAGGGCACCGCCUUGCCCGAAAAGUACCGCAACGACUACGACAUUCACUUCAAGCACCCCACACGGCCGCACCCUGUCAUCGAGCGGGCCGACGAGCUGAUCUAUCGCCCGUCGGCCGUGUCACUCGACCAGGCACGGAGGAUGUACGGUCAGCGUCUUCUGUACGAUCGCUCGCCGGCCCUCGAACUCGCACAAGGCGCGCGGAUCAGUGGUCUGACCUGGCCCUCGCAGUACAACGGCGAGUGGGCGUUUGGCUGGCACGACGGGCACUAUGCGUCGGUGCCCUCGCUGCUCCUCAAGCUGGACGCCCCGUCGACGAGCGAGAUUCGAUAUGAUCGAUCGAGUAUCAUCCGCGCCAAGGCGCGAUGGCGGUUCUCCGUCAAGGAGAAGGAGAAGAAUGCCGACUGGCUCAAGUUCGACAAGGGCGAGACCAUUACGAAUAUCUCGUACGUCGAUGUCGAGCACUGGUGCUGGACGGGCACCAACGCCAAGGGCAAGUCGGGCAUCUUCCCCAAGGACUUUGUCGACCCGGCCACGAUAUCCGAGCCCACGAGCACGGCGACGGCCAACCGCGCGGGUUCGCUCAGCGAGGAAAAGGCGCGGUCCGCGUCGUCGAUGCUAUCCAAGUUUUCGAUUCGCAAGAACAUGGGCCGGCCACCCAGUAUAUCUGGUUGAUCAGGCGGCGGAUGGGUUUUCGGUUGUUUUGUUU